ACGAAGAAGAAGAAGAAGAAGAAGAAGAAGAAGACCAUGUUGUAUCAAUCAAGAUCAAAUUCAUUACAUUCAAUUGUAGAAAUGAUUCUUUCAUUAUUAUUACUAAUGAUCUAUGGAAUUAUUAUCAUUUAUAGUAAACCAUUAGAUAUUGAAUCAGAUACACCAUUAACUAUAAGUUUUAAUCCAUCGUCUAAUCAAGUACAAUUAAAUCAACCAUUAAUAAUACGUUGUGAAGUUCAUUCAUUCAAUAAUAAACAAUUAGAAGUCAAUAACAAUAAUAAUAAUAAUAAUAUACUUAAUGGUUAUAGUAUGUUCUUUCAAUGUCCUAUAGCCCCAUGGGGUAAAUUUUGUUUUCAUAAUUGUCAAUCAGCAUGUGUUGGUGAAAUACCUAAUCAAUGUCCAUAUGAUAAUGAAUUAAGUCUUAUUAAAUGUCGUACUGCUAUGACUGAACAAGGUUAUUUAUUUUAUGAAUAUACAAUACCAAAUCUAACUGAAACAUGGUUAGGAUUAAACCAUAAUAAUAAUAACACUUCAAUGGAUAAGGAUAAUCAUCGUAAUAAAAUAGAAGGUUUCUCAUGUAAAACAGCUGGAUUAGAAACACCAAAAAUUCCUUUAACUAUAGUUAAACCCAAUGAUAUUCAAUCGAAUAUAAUGGAUCUAUCAAAGACUAAACAUCAUCAUCAUCAUCAUCUAAUUCUCAUUCAAUGA